AUGCCUGUGGGCGACCCCAGGAGACAGCUCACUGUUCCCCCGAAUCAGACUUACAAAUCGACCUCGCCUUCACCUCAAUCAGCUCCUCCCACCUUGACCACCCAUGUCACAUCCAUCAAUGAACAUCAGACGUCAUCUUCAAGCUUGCAAUCGAAGUUCAUACCGCCCACAAGGAAGAAGAGCAUACCUCUAGCUUCAAGGAGUGUUCAUCCACUGCAGAUGGAGAUUGAUCGAUUGACAGCUGUUUGUGAAGAACACGAAAGAGUUAUAAGGUCCAGUCUGUCAACGAUCAAGCAUUAUGUAAUAACUAAUAUGCCAGAUAUCUUUGAUCGUGUGAACAAACUUGAUGAUGAUGCAGAGGCCAUAACAGCUACGGUACAACAAACUUUAUCAGCGCAUAUACCACCUUUCCAAUCUCAUUUACGUAAAAUCAUAUCUGACAGAUCAUCGGAUGUUGAUCUGAUGAAAAAAAGAACUACACCUUGGAAAGAUGUGGUUUCAGAUAUGGGGUUAUCACCCUCGCAUAUAAGAGAGAAUGGUGAUACUAAGGAUCAUGUAGGAAUCGGGAAAUUGAAAAGAGUGAAUAGGUCUGAGGGGGAUGGUGAUGCUUUAACUAGAAUGGAAAUGUGGGCUGAUGAAGUGGAAAUGUACCUCUCUUCCGAAAUCGUUAGAGCGAAAGAACAGUUAGUUAGUAAAACUGGUAAAAGAAAAUUCUUAUUACGCUCGAUAUUUUUCCUUAUAUACUUGAUAACGGCUCUCAUUUUGGGAUUACUGGUUUUCUUGUUGGCCAAAAGGGGAUAUGAUCAUUUCAAACAUAUUCGACGGCUUCAGAAAUUAGGAAUAUAG